UGUUAACAAUGGGAAACUACAAGUUCUUGUUUGUGGUUUUGUUCGUUGCUUUAGCGACCGGUGACGCUUUUAAAUUGGGUAGGAACCUUGACAAUGACGUGGAGCGGACGUCGGAGAAAUCCAAGAAAAGCGAAGAUUAUGAAUACCCAGAAUAUGAAUACCAAUCUGAGGAGUAUUAUGAGUACGAAUCAGAAGAAUACCCCGAGUACGAACAACAGGAAUAUCCAGAAUACGAACCACAGGCAUACCCAGAAUACGAACCGAAGGUGUACCCAGAAUACGAACCAAAGGUAUACCCAGAAUACGAACCAAAGGAGUACCCAGAAUACGAAUCACAGGUGUACCCAGAAUUCGAACCCGAAGAACAACCGGAAUUCGAACUACAGGAAAAACUAGGAUCCGAACCCCAGGCACAGCCAGAACCCGACCCCUUGGAAAGGGCUAAUGAAAUGGAUGGCAAGAUAAGAAACUAGGCUUAGCAUAGGUAAAAUCUGGUCACA